GCGGGGGAAGGGAAGAGAGCGGCCCCGCCCCCGACCCGGGAGGGGGACUGAAAGGCGGGGGUCUGGGGGCGGCUCCCGGUCCCUCCCCCUGCCUCCGUCCCGCCCCUGCCCCCGCCCCGUCCAUCCCGUUAUAAGGUGCGGCCGCUGCGCUCUGGCGGGACAGUGGGGCCAAGACUGGGCGGGUGGGACUGGGCUAGACGGGACGGGACGGGACUGGGCAGCCCAGGUCUCCGACUCCUCCCUCUGUCCCCUCUGCCUGCCGGCCGGUGUCCCUCUCAUCCCAAGUCCCUCUGCCCGACUUCCCCUCCAUCCCUCCUGACCCGCGUCCCCUCCUCCAGGCAGCCCUCCUGCCCGCGCUGCCCGCCCAUGGAUUACUCCUACCUCAACUCCUACGACUCCUGUGUGGCCGCCAUGGAGUCCGCCUACGGCGACUUCAGCCCUUGCGGCCAGGCGGGCGCCUUCCAGUACAGCCCCCUGGGGCGGCCGGCCUUCAGCGCGGCAGCCGCAGCGGGGCCCGCCUGCCCUGGCCUUGCCUCCCCUCCCUGCGGCCUGGGAGCCCUGCGGGAUCACCAGCCCGCACCUUACUCCACAGUGCCGUACAAGUUUUUCUCGGACCCGUCGGGGCUAAGCGAGAAGCGCAAGCAGCGUCGGAUCCGCACGACUUUCACAAGCUCCCAGCUCAAGGAACUGGAGCGAGUGUUUGCAGAAACCCACUAUCCCGAUAUCUAUACCCGGGAGGAGCUGGCCCUCAAGAUCGACCUCACUGAGGCUCGAGUGCAGGUCUGGUUCCAGAAUCGAAGGGCUAAGUUUCGGAAGCAGGAGCGGGCAGCCAGUGCCAAAGGUGCUGGGGGAGGGGCAGGCCCUCCAGGCACCAAGAAGGGGGAGACCCGAUCUUCCUCCGAGGAUGAUGAGUCCAAGGAAUCCAACUGCAGCCCAACACCAGACAGCACGGCCUCCCUGCCUGGCCCCGGUGGCCUAGCCAGCCCCAGCCCCAGCCUCAGCCUCAGCCUCAGCCCCAGCCCCGGCCUACCCCCAGCCCCAGCCCCUGCCCCUCUCAAAGGGCCUCUGUGGGCUGGUGGGCCAGGGGGCGGAGGUGGCGGCCCUGGGGCACCUAGCCCUGCUGAGUUGCUCAAGGCCUGGCAGCCUGCAGAGCCAGGGCCUGGUCCCUUCUCGGGCGUCCUCUCCUCCUUCCACCGGAAAGCCCCGACCUCGGCCUCAGCCACUGCUGCCCUCAAAGCCAACCUCUUCUAACUGUUUCCCUUGCCCCUGCCCCCCCUCCUUGGAGCUGC